CUGAGCAGUUCGCAGUAGCAAGUACAAAAGGAAGAGCAUACAGUAUUUAUCUGAAGACCGGAGAUGCCUGGAUUAUAUGAGAAGACAUUUGUGGCAGGAGUGGCUCUGGCUGUCUUAGUCAUGGUGAGAUCCUCCCCAGUGGUGGGACCGGAGCCAAUCCGCUGUGCCCCCUGCACGCAGGAGAAACAGAACAACUGUCCUGCCAUCCCGGCAGAGUGCAAGCAGGUGCUGAGGGAGCCUGGCUGCGGCUGCUGCAUGGCCUGCGCUCUGGACAAAGGUGAAUCCUGUGGAGUUCACACAGCCCACUGUGGUGAGGGUCUCCGCUGCACUGCCAGGCCGGGUGAGGCCAGACCUCUCCAUGCUCUGACCAGGGGGCAAGGGGUCUGCACUGAAGACUUGGGCCAAGAGGAAACUGAAGGACUCCCUGACCACGGCUCCCUGCACUACCUGUUGGGCCUCAACCUUCCCUUUGACCACCAUGACACUGCUGAGGGCCAAGAGAGCAUCAAGGCCAAGGUCAACGCUAUCCGCAACAAACUGGAACAACAGGGACCCUGUCACAUUGAACUGCACAACGCACUGGACAUGAUAGCCAGCUCUCAGCAGAAACUAGGAGAGAAGUUCACAACUUUCUACCUCCCCAACUGUGACAAGUACGGCUUCUACAAGCCCAAGCAGUGUGAGUCCUCUCUGGUUGGGCCGCCCGCUCGCUGCUGGUGUGUGUCUCCCUGGAAUGGGAAGAAGAUCCCAGGAUCGAGCGACCUGCUGGGUGAUUCAGAGUGUCAUCAAGAAGUCACACACUGAGGGACAGACACGCUACCAAUCUUAAACACACACACACAGAAGCACACAAACGCAUACCGACAAAAGCAAACAUGUUUCUUAACUUAAUAUCUACAUGCAACCACCUGGUGAACUGACUUCCUUUUACAAAAACCCACUUAUUCAUUUUAUUUACAUGAUGUAUGUAUCAAGACUUAUUUAUUCACUACUUGUAUAUUCUUCCUAGCAUUAACCAUUUGUCGUUUUUAGAUUUUUUAUAUGUUUGCCUGUUUUUUUUUUCAAUUGUAAAUAGGGCAACACUGUAUACAUUUGUGUUUCUGACUAAAUAACUCCAUUGCUCAAAACCACAGGUCCGCAGCUAUGCCAAGCCCAUUUCAGAGUCUUCAGGAUCAGGUUUUUUUUUGUUUUUUUUUCUCAUUCAUUCAAAACUGGAGCUGUGCAUGGUACGGAACAACACAGCCGCUCAUUCAUUCAACAUGUUGACAUUGUCUGAAUGUAUCUCCAUUGGCGUUUCCUCAAUGGGUAUUGGGGGAAAUACUUAAAGUGCCGCAAGUAUGUGCACAGUGGCCAAGCACAAACAUAUCAGGGCUCAUCCAAGCCACCGUGAGGUUUAGGAUGGGUUCUUCUGCAUUUGUCUACCUCUACUAGUCUCUGCAGGUCCACAGGUUUAGCGGAGGGUUGCUGAGGGCUCUUCUCAGCUACACAUUUCUCACCUUUUGUAUUUGUCUAGAGGGUCACUGUGGUCUUUUUUUUUUUUUUUUUGACCUAUUUUAGCUUCUAUUCUAGUAUUUAUUAUGAUUCACUUGUGUUUAUGCUUCUGUUUGUUGUUGAGGUCAUGUGCAGUGGACCCGAUUUUUCUUUUUUUUUUAUUUUCUUUUUUUUAUGAAUGCUAUUUGCCAGGAAUGCUGCUAUGCCGUUAUUAGUUUUGUUGAAACAAUGUAUAUAGUCUCCUAAUUCUGUUGAUGUGUAUCCAAUUAAAUAUCAUAUUAUAUUCAUCAUGAUCGGGUCAUGUUUUAAUGUAUUUUUUCCCCACUCAGCUUCAUACAUGCUAAGAAAAAAAGAAAAAUAACAAUACCGGGAUCAUUUUAUACUGCCUUUAUUAAGUAAAAAUAGACCUCUGAGGGUUGCAUUGUACAUGCAAACAGCAUAUUUACUUAAACCAAGGCAAGUGAUGAAAAUGAUCACUGGCUACACAGAGAUCAGAGAUAACGGUUUGUGGCCUUGAUCCCCCAAAAAAAUUCAGCUUAUGCAAAGUGACAACAAAACAGUAACAACCACGUUACAGAUAACAGAAAAUGUCCCUCUUGCUCUCUGUGGCGUGAGAUCCAGCGUAAAAACUUUAUGCACUGUAGUGUUUUGAGCCGCACAGUUCCAGUCCAACUGCCCUGAGGAGCAGGAAGCAACUGCAAAAAGUGGAAUUUCAUAGGAGUUCAUCGUAAGGCACUGCAUGCUUACUCUGAGAGACAUAUUCAGACAUAACAUACAUCUUAUGGUUGUCAUGACCACACGCGACGUCUUUGAUAACAAAUCAUCAAGCAUACAAAUUAUGAUUACACAUCACAAGCGUGUACACAUGUGCAAUGCCACUUAAUUGUGCGUAAAUGAAGAGCACUCUCAUCAACAUUUGUGACAAGUACAAGGAAAUGUCUCUGUGUCUUAUAAUCGGAAUAAGGCCUCUGAGAUAAAUUCUUUGGAGUGUAUCCUCCUCUCAGAAGCCGUCCAGGUCGGGUGAGGGACAAACAGCUUAUAAAGUAUCCAUCCGUCGCAGAAAAGUACAGAGUGUAUCUGCAACACGGAGGCUUUUUCCUCCUGGUACUCUUCCUCUGUUCCCUUUGCUCUGCCUCAGAAAAAAGGUCCCACAGGCAACAGAUAGAAAUAGCAAACAUCCACAUAUCGGUUGAGCCAUCUCUUGACCUCUCUCCCAAUAUCCUCAGUGUCUCCAUUUGUUUACAA